AUGGAGGGUACGAUACCGGAUGAGAACAUCAACCCGUCGGGCAAGCACGAUGCCGAAGUCCUGCACACCGAAAACCUCCACGACGAAGACUUGAAGACCGAGAGAACGGAACUCACACGAGCUCAGAUUCGGCGGUUUGGCAUCCUUCAAGAUGUUCGCGUGUUGCCCAUGCUUGGAGUCAUCUACGCCGUGAGCAUUCUGGACCGCAUCAAUAUCGGCUCCGCGAAAGUCCUGGGCAUGGAAGAGGACCUCAAUCUGGGCGACGCAACCCGAUAUUCGAUCAUCCUCUUGCUGUUCUUUCCCUCAUACGCCCUGACCGAUGUCCCAUCCAACUGGAUCCUAACAAAGGUCUCCCCGCGCUUGUGGCUCGCUUUCUUGAUGUUCGGCUGGGGCGCCAUACUCUGCGGCAUGGGCUUCACGCACAACUGGCAGGUCGUGGCCUUUCUGCGAUUCAUGCUCGGUGCCUUUGAAGGAGGUGUCCUGCCCGGCGUCACGUUUGUCAUUGCUUGCUGGUACACCAAGCCCGAGCUGCACAAGCGCAUAGCAGCGGCCUACGGCGUCGGCUUGAUCUCAUCCGGUUUCGCAGGUAUCCUCUCUUUUGGUCUCGGGCAGCUGGACGGCGUUCACGGCAUGAGCGGAUGGAGGUGGAUCUUCUCGAUCGAGGGUGGCGCUACCAUGCUGCUAGGAGCCGUCGCACCGCUCUUCUUGCCCUCCUUCCCAGAAAAAGCAAGUUGGCUCAAACCAGCUCACCGCGAACAUCUCUUCGAGAAGCUUCAUCGUGACCACGGCCAUGCUGAGCAGGAGAAGGUGACACUGAGAACUUUCAGAAACGUCAGCACCGACUGGCUCUUCUGGCUUCAAGGAUCAGUCUACUGCUUCAACGUCGGAACGGCAAAUGCGACUGCUUUCUUCGCUCCUACAAUCAUUGCGGGUCUUGGAUACGAUGGUCUCCAAGCCUCUCUGCGAUCAGGCUUUCCGUUCUUCGCUGCGCUCGGUUUGCUGAUGAUCACGUCGACGAUCUCCGAUCGUUUUCAGCGUCGUGCGACAACGUGCCUCUUCACGAUCACGCUUAUGAUCAUCGGGCUUAUCAUCAUGCGUGAGAAUGCUGGGUUCAGCCGUGAGUAUAGCGCAGCAAUCUAUCUUUGUCACGGUGCCGUCCAAGAGCUAACCCUCAUCUCAACAGCUGGCGUCCGCUACACCGGAAUCUUCUUCCUAACAAUGGGCGUCCACAGCACCGUGCCAGCCCUCCUCGCCUUCAACCAAAGCAACACCCUAGGCGCAGCAAACCGAGCCAUCAGCAGCGGCAUGUUGAUCGCUUGCGGGGCCAUCGGUGGUAUCAUCGGAAGCUUGAUUUUUCGCGGGCAGGAUGCGCCCGGCUACGCUCCGGGCAUUUACACCACGAUUGGGUUUUGUGUAUACAACAUCUUCGCGCUGCUUGUCUGUAUCUUCGCGUACAGAAAGAGGAACCAGCGGAUAGCGCAGGGUGAGGUUUUAGAGGGCGCUCCGGAGGGCUACAGGUUCAGUCUGUAG